GCGCAGCCGCGAGGGUGCUCGUCGCUGCUGUCGCUCCCUGCCUGUGAGUGGGAGCCCGCGGUGAAUGGGUCUAGCAUCCUUGCGCAGGCAAUGGGGCGACUGUAGAUGUCCAAAAAAAAAGGAAAAGAAAUCCAUUUAAAAAAAAUUCUCAAACUCAUUGAAAUCGCAGUGUAAGUUUUUGGCGUUGGCUGCUUGCGAUGAGGGAAGGAAAACAUGCCAGUCUGGAUUCGGUUUUGCGCCGCUGUGCAGCACGGACCGUUAUAUUGAGAGAAAUAAUGCGGAAUAUUCCCCCCUGUAGGUGUUAACGCAGAAAAUACAAGAUGAAGAAGCAAUUCAAUCGGAUGCGACAGCUCGCCAACCAAACGGUGGGAAGGGCAGAAAAAACAGAGGUGUUGAGUGAGGAUCUUCUACAGGUGGAGAAGCGUCUGGAUCUGGUCAAGCAGGUGACACACAGCACUCACAAGAAGCUCACUGCCUGCCUGCAGGGUCAGCAGGGGACUGACGUGGAGAAGAGGUCUGUCAAGUCGCCUUCUAAAAAACUACCACUCACGAUCCUGGCACAAUGUUUGGUAGAGGGGGCUACAGUGUUGGGAGACGACUCUCUCUUGGGGAAGAUGCUGAAGCUGUGUGGGGAGACGGAAGAGAAGUUGGCUCAGGAGCUCAUCCAGUUUGAGUUCCAGAUAGAGAGAGAUGUGGUGGAGCCGCUGUAUGUGCUUGCUGAGGUGGACAUUCCCAACAUCCAGAAACAGAGGAAGCACCUAGCUAAACUUGUCUUGGACAUGGAUUCUGCACGGACAAGAUAUCAGCAGUCGUCCAAGUCAUCCAGUCACCCAAGCACUCUGCAGCCCGGCGCCAAGUCCGAGUCCCUCAGAGAGGAGAUGGAAGAGGCGGCCAAUCGGAUGGAGAUUUGUAGGGAUCAGUUGUCUGCAGAUAUGUACAAUUUUGUGGCCAAAGAAAUCGACUAUGCAAAUUAUUUCCAGACACUGAUAGAAACACAGGCAGAAUAUCACAGGAAGUCAUUAGAGAUUCUUCACAGUGUCCUGCCCCAGAUUAAAGCUCACCAAGAGGCGUGGGUCGAGAAGCCAUCAUUUGGCAAGUCUUUGGAGGAACACCUGAACAUUAGUGGCAGAGAGAUCGCCUUUCCCAUCGAAGCCUGUGUCACCAUGCUGCUGGAGUGCGGCAUGCAAGAGGAGGGCCUCUUCAGAGUGGCUCCAUCAGCCUCCAAGCUGAAGAAGCUGAAAGCCUCCCUGGAUUGUGGAGUUCUGGAUGUGCAGGAGUACUCCUCUGACCCGCACGCCAUCGCAGGGGCUUUGAAAUCAUACCUCCGUGAGCUCCCCGAGCCCCUGAUGACCACUGAACUUUAUGAUGAAUGGAUUCAGGCCUCCAACAUUCAAGAUAUAGACAAGAGACUCCAGGCAUUAAUGGCGGCGUGUGAGAAACUCCCCACAGACAACCUGAACAACUUCCGAUAUCUAGUCAAAUUCUUAGCCAAGCUGAGUGACUAUCAAGACGCAAACAAGAUGACUCCCGGCAACAUGGCGAUCGUGCUCGGCCCGAACCUGCUCUGGACGCACACUGAAUCGAACAUGACAGAGAUGAUGACCACCGUGUCCCUGCAGAUUGUUGGAAUCAUUGAGCCCAUCAUCCAGCAUGCGGACUGGUUCUUCCCUGGAGAGAUUGAAUUCAACUUGACGGGCAGCUACGGCAGCCCGAUCCACACCAACCACAACUCCAACUACAGUUCCAUGCCCUCGCCGGACAUGGACCAAUCCGAUCGCAAGCAGCCGCACGACCAGAGCCGACGCCCACUGAGUGUCGCCACCGACAACAUGAUGCUGGAAUUUUACAAGAAGGAUGGCAGCAUUAGGAAGAUUCAAAGUAUGGGCGUCCGUGUCAUGGACACCUCCUGGGUGUCUCGAAAGGGUUCGUCCACCCUGGCGCGCAAGACCUCCUCCACCCCUCCAGGCAUGCAAGGCCCCAGUUCUCCCGCAGACACUCUCAUCCCAGAACAGCCCGUAGAGCUCGUCACCUCCCCUUCUGCGACACCACCACCCGCAGAAAGGUUUUGCUCAGACAACGUGUUGCCCAAUCGGCCGGACACCUCUCAUACCCAUCCACCCCCGGGGGAGGACCGGCCACCCCCCCCUUACCCCACUUCUUCAUGCCACACUUUGCCCCACCUCUUCUAUCCCAAACCCCCACCCUGCGCUCGCCCUGUGGCACCGGGUCCAGAGUCCCAGCCCCCCGCCUCACCCCCACCCCCAAUGCGCUGGUCUGGCUUUACUCCCCCGGCCCCGCCCCCUUCCUCUUCCUCCUCCUCGUCCUCCUCGUCACUUGACAUCAAUUCGAACCCCAAACCCAGCUGUCUGCACUUCCCCAAGCACAGUCCGCCUGGUGACUUGUCGCAUGCCCCCCCACCAGACCUUAACGCCUCUCCACUCUACAUCAAAACCCCCUUGGUACUAACCCGCCACGACCAGUCCCUCGGCAACCCCCCUAGCCUCCCUUCGUCUGCACCCCCGCCGUGGGCUGCCUGUCCAUGUGCCAGAGAGAGAGGACCCCCCAGGCUGACUAGUUCGUUGAAGAGUAAAGAGCUUUCCCCUGUAAUUGGACACAAAGCCAUCCAGGUGGCAGGUCCAACUGUCCCCCCCAGCUGCAGCAGCAGUCCUCAGAGCAGCAGCCAGUCCCCCCACUCCACAGAGCACAGUCCACACACCCUGCGCAAAGGUUCCAAGAAGUUGGCCCCUGUGCCUCCCAAGGUCCCGUAUGGCCAGUCUGGUGGGAUGUCCGACCAGUCCACAGGUCAGCCGUCACCGGUCAGCCUGUCUCCCACACCUCCUAGCACUCCCUCCCCUUAUGGACUGGCCUGCCCUCCAGGGCAAGUGCCCCCACCCUCCCCUGGGCAGACCCCAUUUGGGGCGCCCCACUCCCUCUCGUCCCCUCCCUCCCUGAGCGGAACACUCACCAAGUCUCGACCAACCCCUAAGCCCAGGCAGAGACCUAGUCUGCCCCCUCCUCAGCCACCCACAGCCCCUCCUGGGUUUACUGGCCUGGCCAUGGCCCCAGUCCCCCAGCCCCUGGAGCAGGGCCUCCUGGAUGGACUGUCUCCUGGGGAGAGCAUGUCUACAGAUAUCUUCAAUUAUGAAAUCCCCUCCAUCAAUGUCAAUCUGGACAGCCUCAUCGAUGAGUUCAGCGGUGCCCCCUACAGGAAGUCUCUGGCAGUGACAGACUCUCCAGAGGGAGACACUGUGCCUGACGAGGAGCCCCAGAGCACCACUCUAUGACCAUAAGACAUCACAGCUUACCAGCACCGCUAUGGCUGUACAUACUUUUAACUGUCGCCGCCAAGGCCUGAUGGAAACACCAAUUGGCCUCACCAAUGCCCACCUGAAACCAGAGCUCAAACCCUCCCUUACAUCUGCUACUGGCUGCAAAGAAACUCAUCUCUCACAGCUGCUCGCUAGUACAUAAUUGUGACUACACACAAAUAAAAAAAACAAACAAACACCAAAAUGCCAUAGUGGACGAACAGUUGCCUUUCGGUGGAAAGACUGGAAUAUAGAUGAGUAUUAUAUUUAAAAGGAUUUUUAUUUAAGUUCAUUAUUUUGCUUUGUAUUUGCUGUUUGAUGCAGUGGUCUGAAUUUUCUGUACUUUUCCUGCAUUUUUUUUCUUUCUUUUUUCUUUUUUUUGCCUUCUUAGAACAUGCAAUCAAAUUGCAAUAUGAUAUUCAUGAGUUGUAUAACUUUUUAGUUAGGGAAACUCAGAGCCUGACGUGGUUAGGAACAAUGCCCAUCCUCAGGGUGAAAACAGAGAGACAGAGUAUAAGAGAGUAAUCUGGUUACAUUGCUCACAGGGUAUUCAAGCUUUGCUGCACAUUAGGAACAUGCUUUGGCAUGAAAGAUGAAACAUUUGAUGCCGUUUGAUUUAUUUAUUUUUUUUAUGAAUGACCCUCUUUCCCUCGACAACAACCGCAAGUUCUUUUUUCAAACUGGUAAAAAUUCACUUUAACUCACUUUAUACCAGCACAGUAUGAGAAGAAUGUUACUGUAAUUUCAAGUUUCAGAGCUUGCAUUCUGUCAGUUAAGGAACAAAAAAAACAAAAACAAAGCACCAAUAUGUGUUUGCAUGACAAGUCAAUAUGAUCCAACUGCUUCGGAUCGAGGGCCUUUUAAAGUGGCAGUGUUUCAUUUUGUGCGAGUGUAUUUGGUUGUUGUCGCUGUCACUGUUGUUGUCGUCCGUGGCGAGUGGAUUGGGAUUGCCCCGCGUGCCGUGAGAGUGUGAUAUAAUGGAUGGAUGACUACACUGCCUUUAGGUUCACAUGGUUCUCCCUCUUAACCUUGUUUCAAGUGCUUCAGGUUCAGUGACCCUGUAAAUAUGCGCUGUACAUACGUUCAUGUAUAUAAACCUGAGAGGAAAAAUAUAUGUAAAAUGCAUAUAUCUAUAUGUAUCUAUAUAGGUAUAUAUAAUGAUAAUAUAUGUGCUGAUAUUUAUCUGGUGUAGAAAGUGUAAUGAUUAAAAAAUGUGAUGUUAUUUUUUUGUCGCCCGCACACAAUGAACCAGUUCUAUUGUAGAUUUGUAAUCCUUCACUUUGACACCAGGUAACUAUGAUGCUGCAGCAUAAGUGCAGAAUUUUGUUUCUGCUAGGAAUCUAUCGUCUCUCCAAUUCUGUCUCCUGAGCUUUGACGUGCUAGAGUGCUGAUGAAAGUCACACCUUCUUUUAGUUUUUAAAUCGGUUAUUCAAUCAAUUUUUCUUUUUGUAAAUAGCGAUUGUGUGGUAUAUUUAAUGAAUUCACAAUAAGACAAAGUGAAGUCUUGGUGUUGUUAGACAUAAUUGUGGGACUGACGAUAACCAGUUGCGUUUCAGAAAAGCUGCUGGUUGUCAAAUUUGGCACAACUGCUGUAUCGUUAAAUUUGGGUACUUCUCUCGGUGUCCUCACUGCUGAUAUGAUGAAUUAGUGACAUUUCAAAUUCAUCUGAUAAAAGUUGCUGCAGUGUCACUUUUUUUUCAAUUUCUUACAGAAUGUCUUAGGGCAAUAUUUUUUGUCGAUUUAAGUGCAAUUACAGCGUUUACUGAUCAACCUCAGUCCAAAAAGUGGUCAAAAGUCACCUUCCCCAGACCUUCAGAAAAAAGCCAUUUGUUUUAUUGCAAAGCAGUUCCUUUGUGUAUUUUACCUGUGAGUUGUGUCAUUACAAAUAAUAAUUCUAGAUUAACUUAAAAAAAAAAAGUAAUCCAUGGUAUGCCUCAGUGUGUGUUCUCAAUGGACUAUGUUUAUGAAGACUUUGGUAAUGUUGAUACUUGCGUUGAUUGCUGUGGUGCUUAUAUGAAAUCAGUUGCAAGUGCCCUCACACUGGUUGUUAUUUUGGAACUAUAGACAUAAUUAAUGUGUACCAGAGGUUUUAUUGUCUGUAUGGGAUCCAUUCAUUUAUACAAGGAGGCAGGCGUAUCUCGCAAUGUGACUUGCUCACAUUUCAAACGGCAGGGUUCCUGUAUUUGGACAUAUAGGGGCCAGUGAGAGUCAAUCUUUGGAUGAAGGUUAAUUCAGGCCUGUUGGCAUGUACAGGGCAGUAUUACUGUAAUGCUUUUGUGCUUCAUAACUGGAGCUUACAGCCACCUUAAAGCAUGCAUUCAUAUUCAUUAUAGGUGUUAUUCUUAUGCUGCUGAUUAGAAAAAAAAAAAAAGAAGUCUGUAUCCUCCCCCAAAAACACUCAUGAUUUCAUCACAAAUCUUAUUUCACAAAACGUUAUUUUAUUACAAUAUAAUAUUGACAGAAGCCACUUUUUUUGCUCCUGAUAAGGCACUGUUCGUUUAGUUUGAUCGAGUGUAAUAAAUGCUGUACGCCUAUAUUUCAAAUUUCACACGUGGGUCUAAAUUAAAGCUCAAUUUGUUUACAUUUGGUGGGGGGGAUUUGAAACGAUAAAAUGAAAAUGAAAAAAAAAAAGGAAAAUCAGAAAAAAGUCAUGCAUGCACUUAGAUAGUGUUUUGAUAAUCCACGUUUUGUGUCGGUCACGGUCUUUUUAGGGAUUGCUAGAGGGGUAAUGAAUUGAAUGAAGGACUCUAGAGAAUGUGGAUCACAAUGAAAUGGUCCUGUGUGGGGUUUUGAGCAAUACAGUAGAGGAGUGGACGUUGCCUGUGGAUGUACUGCCUCCUUCUGCUUUCACCACUAGUGUACAAACAGAACCUGCCGCGCUUGUCAAGCCCACCAUGCCCUCCCUCCUCUGCUUAGCAUAUCAAGUGGAACACAGUGUGUACUGUGAAGCCUACCUGCAAUCCUUAUCAGAAUGUCAGAAAUAAAUAUAUAUAUUAAACUCUACAUUUUUAAUAAUCUCA